GCGCAUUUUCGCGACCGCGGUAAUAAUAUUGACUCGAGCGGUAACCAAACUGGGUCCGCCGGGGGAUGGCCUGUCAAGAAACAUUGGACUGCAAGCCCAUGGGUGGGUUUUCAGUGAAAAUCAUGACGGUGCAACAAAAGCAGGAUCUAAUCUCAUGGAUAUUGCAUUCAAAGCCUUUUAAGAUUCUCUCGUUUGUCUUCUGAUCGCCGAUACAGUGCGGUGGAUGGCCAGCGGUGCUCGAUGAAGAAACCGGCCGGUGUGUUUACUUCAGCGCGCAGAGACUGUCGCAUUUGAUGCCACUUGUCAAUGAACUUGUAGUUAUAUAGUCAUUUUACAGGACUCCGUUGCUUUGCUCUGGAUUUGUCCGGUACAUACGUGUAAAAAUGAGCACUGCGAUUUAUGUUUUAUCCACCGUCACCGGGUAUGUGCUUACCUCCGCGCUAUUGCUGAAGUGUCCGUCUCUGCUUCACCGGAGAAAGAAAGCGGCUUUCUGCAGCAAACACAUUUCACACCGCGGAGGUGCUGGUGAAAACUUGGAGAACACAAUGGCAGCGUUCAAGCAUGCUGUCAAACUAGGCACUGACAUGUUGGAAUUGGACUGUCAUUUGACCAGAGAUGAGCAGGUGGUUGUGCUGCAUGAUUCCAACCUGAAGAGGUCGACUGGGAUGAAUGCAUACAUCUCUGAUGUGGCUUACGCUGAGCUUCCACCUUACCUUUGUAAGCUUGGUGUGACUUUCAAGCGAGAGUGCUUCUGUGAAGGGGGAGAUGACAAAUGCAUCCCUUUGCUGAAAGACGUGUUUGAUACGUUCCCAAACACCCCUGUAAACAUUGACAUCAAGGUCAACAAUGACACACUUAUCAAGAAGGUGUCGGAGAUGGUCAUUCAAUACAACAGGGAGCAUCUGACUGUUUGGGGAAACUCCAGCAAUGAAAUUGUGAAGAAAUGUUACAAAGAGAAUCCACAAAUCCCAGUCUUGUUCAGUGUGCAAAGAGUGCUGCUGUUAUUGGGACUUUUCUAUACGGGACUUUUGCCCUUCGUCCCACUCAAAGAGCAGUUCCUGGAGAUCCCCAUGCCGUCCAUCAUUUCCAAACUUCGAGACCCUGAGAGUCAGACAAAAAGGCAACGUUUCAUAACAUGGCUGGCAGACACGCUUCUCAUGAGAAAAGCUCUGUUUGAUCAUCUGACAAGCCGAGGAAUACAGGUGUAUGUUUGGGUGUUGAACGACGAGGAGGACUUUAAACGUGCCUUUGACCUUGGAGCUACAGGAAUUAUGACAGACUAUCCCACCAAGCUAAAGGAGUUCAUGGAGAAAAACAACUAUUAUACCAACUUUAAAUAAGACUUGAUCAAGAUGUUUUUCGCUGAUCUUUGGCUCAUUGGUACUGAAAACAUUACUUUAUGUCAAUGAGUGUAGAAGUAGUGGCAGCUAUUAGUUCUGCUUUCUUCAGCAAUAAGAGCAACUGUUAAGGGAUAGUUCACCCAAAAAUGAAAAUUGUCAUCAUUUACUCACCUUCAUGUCGUUUCAAACCUGUAUGAAUUUAAAUAGAUUUUAAUGGGAAACAUUAAGGUAUCAUAAAAGUAUUAUUUGUGUAUUAUGCUUAGGAAUCAUGACUUUUAUGAUACUUUUAUUGUGCAUCCUUCAAAGUCUUUGAACUCUCAAUUUGUUGUAAUUGCUAGAAUAAAGGCAACAAGUGUGAAUGUAUAUAUAUAUAUAUAUAUAUA